CAGUGGUGAUUGAUUCUUUCACGCGGCGACAAUUUUGAUAUCUUUUAUGAUUAAAAAAGUAUUGCUUUAAAUUACUGACAAAAUGAGUUCUUGCACUGAUCUUUUAAAUUUAAAUGAAAAGCUUCUUUUUAAAGAAUUAAAGAAGAGUUUGCCAAAAGGUGCAAAGGAAACAAGAAAUAUUAUUGAAAUUCGUGAUGACAUUCUUUAUGUAUGGAAUGCAGACACCUAUUCUAUUUUAAUAUUAGAUAUUGCUGCAACUCGAGAGAAAACAAACGAAGAUGUUACAUAUCAGUCUCUACAUUUGACGGAUCCGCCAAUUUUCGAAGUCACUCAUCUGGUUAUUAAUGAGCUUGUGACACAAUUAAUACUUUGGGGUAAUUUGGGAAUCGUGGUUGUUGAAUUGCCAAAGCGCUGGGGCAAAGACUCGGCUUUUAAGGGAGGACGAAAUACAAUUUCCUGCAUAAGUCAUCAUCUAGAUGGAUUUGGUUCUCACCUCGCGACCAAUGAAAUUAGAAAAGCCAGAUGGCAUCCGGGUUCGAUAAAUCAUUCCCAUCUUGUUGUGCUCACGUCGCAAAAUACAUUUCAUUUAUACGAGUGUCUAAUCGGAGAAACACCUACUCUACUAAAAACUUGGAAAGUUGGCCCAACACCUUCUAUUUCACCCUCAAAAAUACCAAGCUUCGCAUCACUCGGAGAAGUUGCUGUCGAUUUUGAUUUCUCCUCACCUUGCGUUCAACCCGAAUCUGACAAAGAUGUUGAGGUCGAUAAAGUAAAAUGGAAUCAAAUAGAAUGGCCCAUACUUGUUCUCCGUGGAAAUGGAGAUAUUUUCAUUGUAAAAGGCGACAUCUUAAAAUCAAGAUCAUCAACGCCUGUUGUUCUGGGAUCACUUAGUAUGUAUCCACCAGCUGUUGACAAUUACGGAAUUGAUUGUUGUUCAAUAAUGUGCAUACAAACAACCCCGCCAAUUGUUGUGAUUGCCGAUUGUUCCGGAAAAAUAUAUCACGCAAUUCUAUUGGCCGAUGAUUUUGAAGACGAAGAAAAGAAAACUUGGUCUCAAUAUGGAUCGACGUACAGUCUCCAUACCCCAGACGUCGCUCUCUACGUCUACGAAUGCGUGGAAAUGGAAUUAGGUCUCUUUUUUAAUGACGACGAUAAAAAAUAUACGUGUCCAGUUCAUCUUCACAAAGACAAAGACAACACUUCAAGAUAUUUUUGUUCCCACAAUGCUGGAAUUCAUGUUGUCAAUUUGCCAAUGAUUUCUCAAUUGGAAGAAUAUCGCGACGCGAAUGAAGAAAAUUUAGAUUUAUAUCUUCCCUCACUUCAGAAUCAGUCAAAUUCUCAGUACUUGGUUUGCACUAGAACAAAACAUACUGUCUCGGAUGAUGCAACACCAAUAUUGGGACUUGGUUUACUGCAAGAGCCUUGUGUUCUCAUUUCCCUUUUGUACACUGGAGUUGUUGUUAAUUUGUCUAUCGCUGACUUUAAUUACUUGCCAAAAAUUGAGUACACAAAACCGGUAAACAGUUCCAGUAAAAAGGUGACUAAAGAAUCUUUUGACGUUUAUAUUAAACAAUUCCUAAGACACGAAUCGUCUCAACCAAUCACAAUGCUUGGCCUACGACAAAAUUUGACUGCCCGGGAAUCUCUCGAGUUACUUUAUCGAGCAACGACAAUCUUCCGAUCGCAACAUUUCGUACGUCACGAUAAGGUACGCGAGGAAAUAGUAAAGAAAGUGCGAACACUGAAAGCCCUAAAGAAUCAUCAACUAAAGGAACUUGAGUAUUUGAUUCAAAUGAAAAAGGAACUACAGCAGAAUGCAGAAAAAUUAGCAGAACGCUACGAGGACAUAAAAGAUAAUCAGGAGGAUCUCGCUCAAAGAGCGCAAGAGGUACUUCGAUUAGUUAAUUUAAAAGAACCAUCACUAUCGCCCGUUGAGAGGGCCGAAGCUGAAGAAAUGAAAUUAAUCGAGAAUAAAGUGAAAGAAUUUUCCGUUCGAUUGGAGCAAUUAAAAAAGAAGGCUAACAAACAAACAUUAAAUUCUGUCGAGAGUCCAAAUACAAAUGGACAGAAAAAGGAAAUUGUCUUCAAGGAAAAACAAGUCGAGACGAUAAAAUCAAAUUUACUUCAAAUUGGCAAAGAUAUCUCAGAGCUUGUGUCGCGAACCAAACAUCUAGAAGAAGAAGUUUUGUAGGAUCAAUACCAAUUUUUUCAAUCAAAAAUUCUCUUUCUUCAAUUACUCUAUCAAUAUUUUCCCAAUUUUUCAAAACUAUUUUAUUUCUCUGUUUUAUGUUCAUAUAUAUAAAUGUUUGAGUAAAGAAUUUUUCUCGCGCGACAUCUGUAACUGGUAAACAAUAAUUUCAACUGACGAUAAGAUGGAAAACUAAUGAUAAGGUAGAAAAAGUCAAUAAUGAGUUUAUCAGCGUAUGAUAAGAAAUAAUAAGAUGAAAAACUAAUGAUAAGGUAAAAAAAAGUCAGUAAUCAGUUUACCAGCGUAUGAUAAAAAAAUAAUUCCCGUCGAUAAGUGUUGUAAAAAAAAUUAUGAAUAUUGUUUUGUACUUAUAAUUUUCAUUUCGAAGAAGACUUGUAGAACUUUGUAAACUAAAAAAUUGUAUUACGAGAAAGUUUAAUUAAAUAACGUUUUUUAUAUUUCCAGAAAAAA